AUGAACAUCGCUGGGAAGACCUUUGCUCGCAUUCUUCUCAAUCGCCUCAACAAACAUCUGGAACAGGGUCUCCCGUCGGAAAGCCGGUACGGUUUCCGUCGUCACUUUGGGACCGCCGACAUGAUCUUCGCCGCCCGCCAAUUUCAGGAGAAGUGUCGGGAAAUGCGGAUCCACCUCUACUCUACCUUCGUGGAUCUGACGAAAGCCUUUGACGCGGUGAAUCGCUAA